AUGGUGGAACGUCUUCACCAACAUUUGAAGGAUGCCAUUCGUUGUCACGAAAACAACUCAUGGGUCGACAUGCUACCCAUCGUUCUCCUUGGACUUCGCGCCGCUUGGAAGGAAGAUCUUGGCGCAACUCCUGCCGAUCUCGUUUAUGGAGAGCCAAUUCGUUUACCAGGUGAAUUCCUAGCGCCUUCGCCACGAUCUGGUUUGCCACCAUCCAAUUUGGCAUUACGCUUGAGGAAUUACUUCGCAGAGCUUGCACCACAACCCAUCGUCCGACAUGGUCAGAGAAAAACAUUCAUUUUCAAAGAAUUAUCUACAUGUUCACACGUCUUUAUUCGUCGCGACGCUCCACACCACGCAUUCACUUCACCUUAUGAAGGACCACACCGAGUCAUUUCAAAGCACGAAAAAUAUUUCAUCGUAAACGUCAGAGGCGAAAACACUACAGUUUCGAUCGACCGACUAAAGCCUGUUUAUCUACUUCCCGACGAUAAGCUCAACGAGAGUGAGCAGAACAACGACGAUGACAACAAUACUACGCUAACUACAUUAACUUCGCCAGAGUCAUCUGAACCUGGGACAUCUCGAUUUUCGUCCUCAUCAUACCGCCCAUCUGAAUCCGAUUCCAAUUUAUCUACACCAUCACCCAAAAGACGGGUUAGAUUCCGCUGA